AUGGCAGAAAGCAACCUCCCAUCAACGGGAGAAGAACUGGAGGUGAAAAAUGAGUUUCCAGCCACAGGUGAGAAAAAGCAACAAGGAAAGACUUGGUUAUGGUGGUUUUGUACUGUUUGUUGAUAAGUAUAUCUUAAUUCUGCUGUACAAUUGAUUGGAUCGCUUCGACUUGAAGGUUUUAAGGAAUCCACUAAACACGCUAGUAUUAGAACGCUAAUUGUAAUUGCACAUGGUUGUGAUCACUAACAAAGUUGAAAUAUCUUCACGGUAAUUUCAGCGACAGAGGAAAGUCAAGUUUCGUCAAGUGAGGCUGAACUGGAUGUCUGCAAUGACCCUUUAAGAGGUAAGAACACCAGGUGAAAAAAGAUUUUUUGAAACACGUCCCAGUGAAAUUUUUGUCACAUUUACAUCAAAAUUUUCGUAUGUUCUGUAAAUAAGAUUUUGAAACAGCAAAAGAUUGUUUCUUAAAAUUUCAAACUUUGUUACCAGAAACAUAAAAUAAAAAAACUGAGGAAAAAACAAUUUAUUGCUCGAUCCGAUCGAGCAGAAUGCGUAGACAUAAAUUUUUCAUUACCAAUAAAGCAGCAAAUUUGAAAGCGAGUUCGCUUUGAGGAGCCCUAAAUUAAAAAAGAAUGGGCCAACAUUGGCCAACCAGGCUUCGUAAAACUCAGUUUUCUGAGUUUUAGAAGUACUUACUUCUAAAUCAACGACGGAGUUUUGAAAAAACUCGGCGAGAAAGAGCUGCUGGCACCAGUAGACCAGUCAAAGUCGAGUAUUGAAAAAUUUGCAAACGGAUAACUUUUUGAGGCCGCCACGACGAAAGUAUUUGACUAAAAAUUACGCUAACACCUUUUUGUCCCUUAUUGUUCAAUACAUGUUUGGCAAAAAUUUUACGCAAUUUUAGAAUUCUACAGAGAAGAGGAAGCAUUUUGUCUCGGCCGUAUCGCCUCUUUCGGUGUUGUAAAUAUUUCGCGCCUCUUUGGACAGUUAUGUCAACACCAAGCCCACGCUGUAAACCACCAGCUAAUAAAAUGUAGAACCGCUGCCUUUCACAACAGGCAAAAUGGCACUUCGCGGGAAAAUGGCAAUCUCCCAAUAAAAUUUUACUUCAGUUAGCCUCUACGCGUGUGUUCUCAAUAGACAAUCAUUACAUGUAUGAGAAAAACCAAGUGAUGAAACAAAAAAAUUCUUUUUUUUUCAAGCGCACUUUUCUGAACGAUGGGAAAACCACGAACCCUUGUCGCUCUCAACACGAUGUUUUUUUUAUAUCAGAACAUUCAAAAGUCAACAUAACAACCAGUUCCCAGUUGGCUUGUCAGCUCAGUUGGUAGACCGCUGCACCGGUAUCGCAAAGGUCAUGGGUUCAAAUCCCGUACGGGCCUGAAAAUUUUUUCAGGUCUUAUUUCAACAAAUAGUUCAGUAGUGUUGAUAGCUACGAGGAUCGCUUUUAUCACAUUCACAAGUUUUAACCUUUUUCGUUUCUGGCUUUGCUUUGCUUUAUGCAAUAACUUAUGGGGUUUUUUAUUCUAAUUUGAUAUUUUGGAAAUCGUAAGCCAAGUGUAAAAGGGUUUUUGGAAAAUCUUUCGACCUAAAUGUAAACCGAACAGACUUGAUUUGCUUAAAGCCAAGCUAUAGCUAAAACCCGUGAUGCUACAGCCCAGACUCCCAACAGCUUGCACAUUUUACUUAAACAAAAUGUACAAAUAUUAAACUUUUCUGAUUUUUUUUCAUAGCUUUAAGCUCCUUUAACCUAACAGUUCGUUUGGAAGUAUAAAGUUGGCAUCAUCCCUCUGGAGUCGUAUUACUCAUUACUUAAUCCUAAACACCAAUACGUUGUGUUUUCAGGGACAGCGAAAGUAUGUCUCGAGGAAGGUAACAAAGAAUACAGACAAGGAGAAGCUAAUAAUGCGAUAAACUCCUACACGGAAGGACUUCAAGUGAACUGCAAAGAUAAACGGCUGAACGCCAAGCUUUACAGCAACAGGGCAACAGCUCAUUUCCGUUUAGGUAACAAUUUCAUAUCUAAACAUAUCAAUCUCUCAUGCAGCGUUACAAGAUAACGGAAUACACAAUCUGAAUCAAGAAAAGAAAAAAAUUGAGCAACUGCAGGAAAGAAGCAUAGAGAGAGAUAUCACCCUUUAGCAGACAAAAUUAAGCAAAGAAAUGUUCCUCGUAAAUGGAGUGCUAUUCAUUCAAUUGUAAUUUUUUUUUAGGCGUCUUUUGACCACUUCUCUAAACUUUAUUUCUUGAAUUUAACAGCAAACUACGUGGAAUGUCUCGAUGAUGCAACAGUUGCUUUUCAGUUGGAACCCACUUUAAUCAAAGCUAUUACGAAAGGUGGGUUUUUCAAUCGUGAGUGUUCAACAUUCUUUUCUCUGAUUUCGUCAAAAGAGGAUUGUGUUUGUUUGCGGCAGGUGACUGCACCCCAAGUGACAAUUGUAUAUCUGAUGUGUCAAUGUCUGUUAUGUGGUGAAAAACAUAAGAAGAUGUCAAUAAGCCCUUAAAUACCUCCGCCUGGUUAGUUCACGUUGUAGAGCGCUGGAGGUCGAGUGUUAAAGCCCUAGACCGGAUCAACACUCAGAUAAAUUACCUCGCACCACCAAUUAUUCUCUCCUUUUCAGGAGCCAGAGCCUGUGUCGAACUUUGCUUGUAUACAGAAGCAAGGAGCUGGCUGCAUAUGGGAUUGGACGUAUCCUUUAACGAAUGUUUCAAACGUGAUACGAGAUGCAAUGCGAAAAUUAAUACGUUCUCGACAGAUUCUUCUACACUGAUAAAGCAAGCGAUGCUCUCUUACAAUGCAGUGAGUAGUUUAAAGAACCUUAAAUAUUCUUAAGGAGUUCUUUCGAUUAUUCCACAAAAAUUUUAUUUAAAAGAAGAGUUCAUAGUAAGUAAUUCGCAGAGUUUGUGCUGUAGGUCCCUCAUUUUUGUCUCCACACGAGCAUCACCGAGACGCCCUGGCCUGAACUAAUAAUGACGCUUCAGAGCUAGUAAACACCCUCCAAUAACUUGAAAUUAAAUCUCUACAAGAAACCCACGUUCGAAUGAUCAUUUCAUUUUUAAGGUUCUACCCAACACUCUCAUUAUUUUCAAAAUACACAUAUCCAUUGCAUUUUUCGCAAAUCUGCUCAUGAUUUAUCUACCCUUAAUACGCUUAAAGAUUGACAACAAUAACGAACGUCUGCUUCAAUUAAUGAGGAGGUCUGAUGCUGAACUAAAAGUCAUAGCAAACAGUUAUGACAGUCUCAUCAAGUACCAUCAACGUCUUCUAGAAGUUGCUGAAGAAGUGGGAGACAAGGCCGAAGAGGGAAGAAGUUAUGGCAAUCUCGGCAACACUUAUCACAGUCUUGGACAGUUCAAAACAGCAAUCGAGUACCAUCAACGUAGUCUAGAAAUUGCUAAAGAAGUGGAAGACAAGGCCGAAGAGGGAGGAAGUUAUUACGGUCUCGGCAACGCUUAUCACAGUUUAGGAAAGUUUAAAACAGCAAUCGAGUACCAUCAACGUAGUUUAGAAAUUGCUAAAGAAAUUGGAUACAAGGCCGGAGAGGGAAUAAGUUAUGGCAAUCUCGGCAAGACUUAUUACAGUCUUGGACAAUUCAAAACAGCAAUCGAGUACCAACAAUGUAGUCUAGAGAUUGCUAAAGAAGUGGGAGACAAGGUCGAAGAGGGAAUAAAUUAUGGCAAUCUCGGCUGCGCUUAUCAAGGUUUAGGACAGUUGAAAACAGCCAUCAAGUACCAUCAACGAGAUCUAGAAAUUACUAAAGAAGUGGGAGACAAGGCCGAAGAGGGAAUAAGUUAUGGCAAUCUCGGCAACACUUAUCACAGUCUUGGACAAUUCAAAACAGCAAUCGAGUACCAACAAUGUAGUCUAGAGAUUGUCAAAGAAGUGGGAGACAAGGCUGGAGUGGAAAGAAGUUAUAACAAUCUCGGUUGCGCUUAUCAAGGUUUAGGAAAGUUGAAAACAGAAAUCGAGUACCAUCAACGUCAUCUAGAAAUUGCUACAGAAGUGGGAGACAAGGCCGGAGAGGGAGGAAGUUAUUGCGGUCUCGGCUGUGCUUAUCAAGGUCUAGGACAGUUCAAAACAGCAAUCGAGUACCAGCAACGUAGUCUAGAAAUUGCUAAAGAAGUGGGAGACAAGGCAGGAGAGGGAAAAAGUAAUGUCAAUCUCGGCUGCGCUUAUGACGGUCUAGGACAGUUCAAAACAGCCAUCAAGUACCAUCAACGAGAUCUAGAAAUUGCUAAAGAAGUGGGAGACAAGGCCGGAGAGGGAAGAAGUUAUGGCAAUCUCGGCAACGCAUAUCGAGGUCUAGGACAGUUCAGCACAGCAAUCGAGUACCAUCAACGUCAUCUAGAAAUUGCUAAAGAAUUGGGAAAUAAGGCCGGAGAGAGAAAAAGUAAUGGCAAUCUCGGCUGCGCUUAUGAAAGUCUAGGACAGUUCAAAACAGCCAUCAAGUACCAUCAACGUAGUCUAGAUAUUGAUAAAGAAAUGGGAGACAAGGCAGGAGAGGGAAAAAGUAAUGGCAAUCUCGGCUGCGCUUAUGAAGGUCUAGGACAGUUCAAACAGCCAUCAAGUACCAUCAACGAGAUCUAGAAAUUGCUAAAGAAGUGGGAGACAAGGCCGAAGAGGGAAGAAGUUAUGGCAAUCUCGGCAACGCAUAUCGAGGUCUAGGACAGUUCAAAACAGCAAUCGAGUACCAGCAACGUAGUCUAGAAAUUGCUAAAGAAGUGGGAGACAAGGCCGAAGAGGGAAAAAGUAAUGGCAAUCUCGGCUGCGCUUAUGAAGGUCUAGGACAGUUCAAAACAGCCAUCAAGUACCAUCAACGAGAUCUAGAAAUUGCUAAAGAAGUUGGAGACAAGGCCGAAGAGGGAAGAAGUUAUGGCAAUCUCGGCAACGCAUAUCAAGGUCUAGGACAGUUCAGCACAGCAAUGGAAUACCAUCAACGAUGUCUAGAAAUUGCUAAAGAAGCGGGAGACAAGGCCGGAGAGGGAAAAAGUUAUGGCAAUCUCGGCAACACUUAUCGCAGUCUUGGACAGUUCAAAACAGCAAUGGGAUACCAUCAACGAUGUCUAGAAAUUGCUAAAGAAGCGGGAGACAAGGCUGGAGAGGGAAAAAGUUAUGGCAAUCUCGGCUGCGCUUAUCGAGGUUUAGGACAGUUCAAAACAGCCCUCGAGUACCAUCAACGUAGUUUAGAAAUUGCUAAAGAAAUGGGAGACAAGGCAGGAAAGGGAAGCAGUUAUAGCAGUCUCGGCAAUGCUUAUCACAGUCUAAGAAAGUUCAAAACAGCAAUCGAAUACCAUCAACGUAGUCUAGAUAUUGAUAAAGAAGUGGGAAACAAGGCAGGAGAGGGAAGAAGUUAUAACAAUCUCGGCUGCGCUUAUGAAUGUCUAGGACAGUCCAGUACAGCAAUCGAAUACCAUCAACGAUGUCUAGAAAUUUUUAAAGAAGUGGGAGACAAGGAUGGAGAAGGAAAAAGUUAUUGCCUUCUCGGAGGGAUUCAUCUUCGUCAGAGAGAGUUAGAAACGGCAAUCGAGUGCUAUGAACGUCACCUAGAAAUAUCCAAAGAGGUGGGAGACAAGACUGGAGAGGCGUGCUCACUCUGUUCCCUUGGAAUCAUUUUUGAGUGCCAAGGAAAUCUUAUGAUGGCCUUUGCUUGUUAUCACUCGAGUGUACAGUUGUAUGAAGAUAUCAGGGCCAGUCUUCAACUCAAUGAUCAGUGGAAGAUUUCUUAUCGUAAUCAGCACCAAAGUGCAUACAAAGGUUUGUGGUGCAUAAAUCUCAAUCAAGGUCAAGUUGUGAAGGCUCUUCUUGCCGCAGAGAAAGGACGUUCUCAAGCUCUGAGAGAUCUCAUGACCACAAAAUAUCAGACUGGAGAUUCUUCAACGCACAGCGCAUCUCUGAGUUUGGUUUCAUUGACCACAGUUUUCAUAGCUAUUAAUGGACCAUGCGUUUACUUCUGGGUUUGCCUCAGUGAAGAUAAUAUCAAGAUGAAAAAAGUACACGUCAACAAUUAUAAGUAUGAGAAGGAAUUGAAAGUUUUCAUCCAGCUAUUGAACAAAACUGCUCUGAAGGAGAUCGGUGUAAGAGAUACUGUUACAAUCGAAAAUCUUUCUCGUGACUCGCCGACAGAAGAGGAAGUGUUCAAUGAUGUGAUCCGAGUUGAUGUGAGGCACUCCCAAUCAAGUGCUUUAAAGAAGCUGCAUGACAUCAUCGUUACUCCUAUUGCUGAUCUGAUCGAAGGCAACGAGCUAACAUUCGUUCCCGAGGGGCCAUUUUGCCUUGUACCUUAUGCAGCGUUGCAGGACUCCAACACAUCAUAUCUAAGUGAUUCUUUCAGAAUUCGUGUGCUUCCCUCUCUGACGACGUUGCAACUAAUUCAUGAUUGUCCAGCUGACUUUCAUAUGAAGACUGGUGCAUUGGUUGUCGGCGACCCAUGUUUCAAACAUAUCAUCUAUCAGGGAGGACUUUUGGUGCAACUUCCAGGAGCAAGGAAAGAAGUGGAGAUGAUCGGACGUAUCCUCAAUGUUCCCCUCCUCACUGGAGAAAUGGCAACAAAACACGAAGUCUUAAAACGAAUAUCGUCAGUGGCGUUAGUUCACAUUGCAGCGCACGGUAAAAUGGAAACUGGAGAAGUUAUCCUGGCACCAAACACCACAAGGGAAAACCCUCAGCCGCAAGAAAAAGACUAUCUACUGACGAUGAAAGACGUGAUAGAAGCUGGGUUGCGAGCACGUCUGGUUGUACUUAGCUGCUGUCACACUGCUCGUGGGGAGGUCAUGGCCGAGGGUGUGGUCGGCAUGGCGCGUGCAGUUUUGGGUGCCGGUGCCAGAUCUGUUGUGGCAACCUUGUGGGCGAUUGGCGACGAGGAAACCCUGGAGUUCAUGAGUUUCUUCUACGGUGCACUUGCCAAAGGCAAGAAGGCCAGUGAAGCUCUCAAUCAGGCCAUGAAGUGUAUGAGAGAAAUUGAAAAAUUCAAGGAGGUUUUUUGCUGGGCACCAUUUGUACUCAUCGGUGAUGACGUCAACCUGGAUUUCAAGGAGAUUUAG